AUGGAGGAUGCGGUCGAGCACUGCACCAAGGGACUUGGAAUCUGGGACUGGGCUAGUAACGACCAGGGCCAAGAGCCCGAUAUCGUCAUAGCAUCUUGCGGUGAUGUCUCCACCCAUGAAGCCUUGGCUGCCACCGCUCUUCUCCGCGAGCACUUGCCCACCCUUAAGGUCCGGUUUGUGAAUGUCGUGGAUCUCUUCCGGUUGAUCUCCGACACCCAGCACCCCCACGGCAUGCCCGACCAGCAAUGGAGAGCCAUCUUCACCGACAACAAGCCCAUCCUCUUCAACUUCCAUUCCUACCCGUGGUUGAUCCACCGAUUGACCUACAAACGCCCUGGACAGCACCACCUGCACGUGCGCGGAUACAAAGAGAAGGGUAACAUCGAUACUCCCUUCGAGCUUGCUCUGCGCAAUGGAACCGAUCGAUACAGUCUUGCCAUUGAUGCGAUCGAUUUGAUCCAGUCUCUCGGCAAUACUGGAUCUAGUGCGCGUGAGAAGUUCACCAAGUUCCAGCUUCAGGGGAAGAAGGAGGCGUUUACUAAUGGUGUUGAUCCUGAGCAUAUCCGCAACUGGACUUGGCCUUACUCGAAGCAGGCUUAA